AUGGCCAGCGUGGUAGCACUGUGGCGAAGGACGAGAGACUAUGUGAAGACCAAGGAGUUCCGGGAAUACCUGACCAGCACGCACUUCUGGGGUCCUGUUGCCAACUGGGGUCUUCCGGUGGCCGCCUUUAAGGACAUGAAAGCAUCACCGGACAUCAUCAGUGGUCGCAUGACGACAGCACUCAUCUUCUACUCGAUGGCCUUCAUGCGCUUUGCCUACCGCGUCCAGCCUCGAAACUUGCUGCUGAUGGCGUGCCACGGCACCAACAUGGUGGCGCAGAGUAUACAGGCGGGCCGCUACCUACGCCAUCACUAUGGCGGCGGCACUGAGGCGGCCACCCCUGCCGAAGCCUGCGACCCUCUGGUUACCCUCUCCAAGCAGGAGGACGCCAGCCCCCCCGCUCACUGCACCGGGGAUCUUUUGAAUGGCCGAUAG